UUGUCUGCCCUGAGGAUAUCACAGUUACUCACAGGAUGUGUCAGAACAAGUUCUUCGAAGACAGUUAACAUGCAGAUGAUCAGCCUAACACUCAGAACCAUUUUCUGCAGCAGAGAGGACACAACCGGCAGCUCGUGCAAUUGGUGUUUUGGCCUAGCAGCGACAGCGAUAUAAGGAUUUACUUUGGAGAUCUGCAGCGAUGAGCUCAAUCAAAGUUGCCAAGUAAGCACACACUUGCCUGAAUCAGGAAGGUUAACAUGAAGGAAGCAUUCAAACUUACACCGAUACCAGGUGUCGAUAAAGGAGCCGAUCAAAAUGGAGAUGAGACAAAAAAAGAAAAAGCACUGAGCGUUGGAUUCUUUCAGCUGUUCCAGUUCGCCAACACGAAAGAAAUCGCUAUGAUGGUGGUGGGGAGUUUCUGUGCCUUCGUACAUGGCACGGCGCCAUCUCUCAUGCUCCUAGUGUACGGUGUUAUGACGGACUCGUUUGUGAAUCAUGAACUUGUGGUCCAAGAGCUCAAAGAUCCAAACAAGAUGUGCGAAAACAGCACCAUUUAUUGGAUCAAUGGCUCAGUUUAUGAAAAAGCUGAAACCACCACUUUCUGUGGGACGGAUAUUGAAGCAGAGAUUACCAUACUUGCAUAUUACUAUCUUGGACUUGGAAUGGUAGCUAUGAUUUCUACUUAUUUGCAAAUUACGUUGUGGGUGUCCGCAGCCGCGAGUCAGACUGACAGAAUCCGAAAGACUUAUUUCCGAAAAGUCAUGCAAAUGGAGAUUGGAUGGUUCGACUGCACCUCUGCUGGCGAACUGAACAGUAGUAUCACUGAUGACAUGUACAAGAUCAACACUGCCAUGGCUGACCAGGUGUCGAUCUUCAUUCAGAGGAUUUCCACGUUUCUGUCUGGCAUCAUGGUUGGAUUCAUUGGGGGCUGGAAGCUGACUUUGGUGGUCCUAGCUGCGAGCCCAUUGAUUUGUCUCGGUGCCGGACUCUUGGCUAUGGCUCUGACCCAGCUGACCGAAAAAGGGCUGAAGGCCUACGCAAAAGCAGGGGGAGUGGCUAAUGAGGCCCUGUCCUCCAUCAGAACAGUAGCAGCCUUUGGUGGUGAAGAAAAAGAAGCAGAGAGGUACGACAGAAACCUUGUGGAAGCUCAGAGAUUGGGUUUGAGAAAGGGCAUGAUCCUGGGACUGUUUCGGGGAUACUUGUGGUGCAUAAUUUUCCUCACUUACGCUCUGGCCUUUUGGUAUGGAUCCCAAUUGGUCAUCGUGACCAAGGAGAUGACCCCUGGUAGCCUUAUCCAGGUAUUUUUUGCAGUGCUUAUGGGAGCUUUAAACCUGGGUCAGGCAUCACCUUGCCUGGAAGCCUUUGCUUCUGGUCGAGCAGCGGCAAAGAGCAUCUUCGAUACAAUUGAGAGGGAACCAAAAAUUGAUUGUUUCUCCGAUGAGGGUCACAUAUUAGACAAAGUGAAAGGUGACAUCGAGUUCCACAAUGUUACUUUCUUCUACCCGUCCCGGCCCGAAGCCAAGAUUUUAAAUAAUCUGAGCAUGCAGGUCAAAGAAGGAGAAACCACAGCUUUUGUUGGGCCGAGUGGAUCUGGAAAGAGCACGGCAAUCCAGCUCAUCCAGAGGUUUUAUGACCCAGAUGAAGGAAUGGUGACGUUGGACGGUCACGACAUCCGCACUUUAAACAUCAAGUGGGUCCGCUCCCUCAUUGGUAUUGUAGAGCAGGAGCCGGUGCUGUUUGCUACAACCAUAGCUGAAAAUAUCCGCUUUGGUAAACCAGGAGCCACCAUGGAAGACAUCAUCCAUGCAACAAAAGAGGCCAAUGCCUAUAAUUUUAUAAUGGCGCUGCCCCAGAGAUUUGACACUUUUGUGGGUGACGGUGGAGGCCAGAUGAGUGGAGGCCAGAAACAGAGGAUCGCUUUAGCUCGAGCUUUGAUCCGAAACCCUAAGAUCCUUCUGCUGGACAUGGCCACGUCCGCUCUAGACAAUGAGAGUGAAGCUGUUGUCCAGGAAGCACUUGAUAAGGUGCGCAUGGGCAGAACAACAAUUUCUGUAGCCCACCGUCUUUCGACGAUUAAAAAUGUAGAAGUCAUCGUUGGCUUUGAGCACGGGCAUGUAGUGGAGAGAGGAACGCACAGUGAGCUGCUGGAAAAGAAAGGUGUUUACUUCACCCUGGUCACCCUGCAGACCCAAGGCACAUCCAGCCAAACGAAUGAUGAAGUCAGUCCUGCUCAGAGAGAGGAAGUUGAUGUGAAAAUGAGGAGUGGCAGCUGCAGGUCCAAUAAAAGGAAUUCUGUUCGUCUACGGUCUCACAGCACUCUGUCAAGCCAUGAUAUCCCUGAUGCUGUAUUAGGCAGCCUCAGGAUAUUUCCCAGCAUGGAGAUUGAAACAGAAUAUAGAGAUGAGAAUGAGGAUGAUGACGAUGAAAAAGUGGAGCCUGCCCCAGUUGCGCGUGUCCUUAAGUACAACCAACCAGAAUGGCCCUACCUGCUGUUGGGCUCGCUGGGAGCUCUUGUCAAUGGCUCCGUCCUCCCAAUCUACGCUAUCUUGUUAAGCGAAAUUAUCGGUACUUUUUCCAUUCCCGACCCGAAUAAACAGAGCCAAAUAAUCACCGGGAUAUGUGUUCUGUUUUUCAUUAUCGCUGUGGCUAGUUUCCUUUCACACUUUACACAGACAUAUGCUUUCUCCAAGUCCGGAGAGCUGUUGACCCGUCGUUUGAGGAAAGUGGCCUUCCAGACCAUGUUGAGACAAGAGAUCGGCUGGUUUGAUGACCCUAGAAAUAACCCAGGAACUCUGACAACCAGACUAGCCACUGAUGCAUCCAUGGUCCAGGGAGCAGCGGGUCCUCAGAUUGGCAUGGUCAUUUACUCAUUGACUAGCAUGGGAGCAUCUAUUAUCAUUGCUUUUUACUUCAGUUGGAAGUUAGCUCUGGUAAUCCUGUGCUUCCUGCCUUUUAUUGGGCUGUCUGGAGCAUUGCAAGCCAAACUUCUGACGGGUUUUGCAAAUCAAGAUAUGAAGUCCAUGGAAGCAGCAGGGCAGGUGUCCAGUGAAGCUCUUAACAACAUCAGGACCAUUGCAGGCUUGGCCAAAGAGAGCUUGUUUGUGGAAUCAUAUGAGAAGGCAUUGGAGCCUCCAUUUAAAUCUGCCAUAAAGAGUGGCCAAAUCUAUGGCCUCUGUUAUGGAUUUUCUGAGUGUGUCAUCUUCCUGUCGAAUGCUGCUUCCUUUAGAUAUGGGGGCUAUCUGGUUGUCUCUGAGGGUUUAUCCACUGAGACAGUUUUCAGAGUGAUUUCAUCAAUAAUUAUCAGUGCGCAGGCAUUUGGCAGAUGUGCCACCUAUGCUCCAGAUUAUACCAAAGCCAAAAUCGCUGCAGCUCAGUUUUUCAAAAUUUUGGACAGAGUUCCAAAAAUCAGCUUGAGUCCCAAGAACGGAGAGAAAUGGGACAACUUCAGAGGUGAAAUUGAGUUCCUCGACUGCAAGUUCACUUAUCCAACACGGCCAGAUAUCCAGGUUUUGAAAGGGCUGGUUGUGUCGGUGAAGCCUGGUCAGACUUUGGCUUUUGUCGGGUGCAGCGGCUGCGGUAAAAGCACCAGUAUUCAACUAUUGGAGAGGUUUUAUGACCCAGAUGAGGGACAAGUGAGGAUUGACGGUCGUCUUUCACAUAGAGUCAAUGUGCCGUUCAUAAGAGCUCAGAUUGGCAUGGUGUCCCAGGAGCCGGUACUGUUUGACUGCAGUAUAGCAGAGAAUAUACAGUAUGGAGAUAACACGCGCAUCGUCAGCAUGGAGGAGAUUGUAGAAGCUGCUAAGAAAGCCUUCCUUCAUGACUUUGUAAUGACAUUACCCAAUAAAUACGAAACUCAGGUUGGUACUCAGGGCUCCCAACUGGCAAGAGGAGAAAAACAGCGAAUUGCCAUCGCCCGGGCCAUUGUCAGGAAGCCCAAGAUCCUGCUCUUGGAUGAGGCGACCUCUGCACUGGACACAGAGAGCGAAAAGAUUGUCCAGUCUGCUCUGGAUGAGGCGAGAAAAGGACGAACCUGCAUCAUCAUCGCUCACAAGCUCUCUACCAUCCAGUGUGCUGACGCCAUCGCAGUGAUGUCACAAGGAGUCGUCAUAGAGCUCGGCACACAUGAUGAACUCAUGGCCAGGAGGGGCGCCUAUCAUAAACUGGUCACAACCGGCACUCCUAUCAGCUAGGCCCCUUGAGCCACGUUUGAUGAGCAUUGAUUUUUAAAUAUAUGUGUUUGAAAAGGCCUUAGAGUACUUUUAAUUAUUGGCCUGUCAUGUUGAGGUGUCACACUGAAAAAGUCUUCGGUGCACUGACUCAGAAUCAGAACUACUUUUUUGAUCCCAGGUGGAAAGAAUGUUUGUUACAAUGCAAGUAUGGAAAUGGAAGCAUUUAAAUAAAAUAUGUAAAAUAAAAAAAAAAAAAAUGAAAUAUUUACAGCUUCUCCCUGUUGUCACCUCUGAUAACCCUCUUUCUCCUCGUUAAGGAUGGCUUAUUGAGAAGUGUCACAUACAGAGCUGGGCAAUAAAACAAUAUCAAUAACUGUCACAAUAUAAUUGUUCAAUGUAUAUAAAUGUAUUGCUUGUGCAAUGUACAAACACAGUGAGGCAGAAUAAAACAUAAUUGAUCUAUUGAUUUGAAAUUGCUCGAAGAAACUAAGCGAUAUUAACACAGAACAGGACAUACAUACACACAUAUAGAUAGAUAGAUAGAUAGAUAGAUAGAUAGAUAGAUAGAUAGAUAGAUAGAUAGAUAGAUAGAUAGAUAGAUAGAUAGAUAGAUAGAUAGAUAGAUAGAUAGAUAGAUAGAUAGAUAGAGAGAGAGAUAGAGCACAUACAUCAAUGUUAGAGAAAGGUACAUUUCGGACAUGUUGUUGAGUUGAAGUCACGGUGCAGCACAAUCUCAAUGUUUUAUAAACCUGAUAUCUGACAUAAAAUAAAAAUAAAGCAGAGUCUCA